CAAAGAUGUUCUCUUUGACUCUUUAGUAGAUCUGAUCUAAAUGGAGUAUGACCGUACGUUAAACUUCAUUGCAUAUGGACUACAAGAAGUAAGAGAGGAAGAAGAAAUCGAAGAAGAAGAAGACGAUGAAGAGAGCAUGACGUUGUCGUCAGUGCCUGAAAACGAGACGUCGAAGUGUUCUUCACCUCCGGCUACGUAUCCUCCAAUCCCUCCUCGGCCUAAAACUCCGAGAGAGCCGAUGGAGUUUCUAUGCAGAUCAUGGAGUCUUUCUACGUCUGAGAUCUCUUUAGCUUUAUCAUCUCAGAAAUCUGAUAAACAACUCAACAAAAACCCUAGUAUUUCUCAGUUGGCCGAUGUCACUUCUACGGCUCCGGCAGCACCACCACCGCCGCUACAAACGGGAAAGCUAGCGAGUGCGGUUAACGCGCGGAGAACGGGAACGAUCGGAAAAUGGUUCCACCACCGAGAAUUCGUCGGCGGAAAGGUCUCCGCCGUAAGGAAGAGAGAUAAAGCUCGCGUGGAGAAAGCUCAUCUGCAUUCCGCCGUGUCCAUUGCGUCUCUAGCGACGGCUAUCGCCGCCGUGACCGCUUCAGACAACCAAGACGGCUUCACUGGAUCAAAGAUGAGCUCAGCGCUUGCCUCGGCAUCGGAGUUGUUAGCUUCUCACUGCCUCGAAUUGGCGGAGCUUGCCGGCGCCGAUCACGAUCGCGUUGUCUCUGCAGUCCGAUCUGCCGUCGAUGUUCGUGGACCUGGCGAUUUGUUGACUCUAACUGCUGCAGCUGCAACAGCAUUGAGAGGAGAAGCAGCUCUGAGGGCAAGACUACCAAAGGAAGCUAAGAACAGUGCAGCUAUAAGCCCUUGUGAGAGAGUUUUAACAGAGACUCAUAGUUGCUCUUCUAUGCUCGAUCGCAGUAGCACGACCGACGAACACAUAUCUGCAAAGGGAGUUGAAGAAUCAACUGGAGAGCUAAUGCAGUGCACACGAAACGGAGUUCUGCGGUGGAAGCAUGUAAAAGGGUACAUCAACAAGAAAUCUCAGGUCGUAGUAGAAAUCAAAAGCAAACAUGUUGUAGGAGCAUUCUCCAUGAAAAGCAAAGGCAUUGUAAAUGAUGUAUGCGAGAAAGUCUCAGGCCUGCAAAAUGGAAAAGAAAUGGAAAACACAGAAGAAGAGCUCUAUUUCGGAAUUAGUACAGGGAAAGGUCUAACAAAGUUCAAGUGCAAGAGCAAGGCUGAUAAGCAGACAUGGGUGGAUAGCAUCCGGAAUCUUCUCCAUCGAGUAACUGCUGUUGAGGUUAUCGACACUUCUCUUGAAACUACAAACAUUGCCGAUAGCAAAUAAAUCAUGUCUUGUGUUAACGGUAUUAGUGUUGGUUGUUCUCAUUACAAGUCAAUGAUAUGUACUGUGUCAAGCACAUAUACAUAUCUGCAAGUAGGUGUAGUGUUUUUCAUCUUCAUCCCUUGUUUUUAUUUCAGUCAAUUGUAAACAUUUUUUUUUGAGGAAAUAAUGAAGAUUAUAAUAA